AUGUUGUUUUCACCAUAAGCUUGUGUGGCAGUUGGUUGUCACAGUGAUUGAAAGCGCCCAUCUUUUCAUGUCUAUUGACAUUGAUAGUUGAUAUAUCACUUGGCUUGUUCAUGUCCUCUUUUGACUCUCUGUUUCUCUCCUCUGCUUGCUUCAUCAUUGUCAAGCACUGUGUUGAAGUAGAACUAAAGCAAGACCAAAGACAAAUACUACCCCUGAAAGAGAGAAGAAAACACACCAAUCUCAAAAACAAUGGGGUCUCGUGGAGCUGAAAUUGCUAAGAAGAAAGCAAUGUGGCUCUAUCCUAAAGUUUCAGGUUUUAAUCCUUCUGAGAGAUGGGGGCACUCUGCUUGUUUCUCUAAUGGAGUUGUUUAUGUUUUUGGGGGGUGUUGUGGAGGUCUACAUUUCUGUGAUGUUCUCAUGCUAAAUCUGAACAAAAUGGUAUGGAAAACUCUCGAAACCACAGGCCAGGGACCUGGCCCUAGAGAUAGCCACAGUGCUGUUCUUGUAGGGACUAAAAUGAUGGUAUUUGGGGGCACUAAUGGUUCCAAGAAGGUAAAUGAUCUUCAUGUACUCGACCUUGCAUCGAAAGAGUGGAUACAAGCGGAAUGUAACGGUGUUGCACCUUCUCCUCGUGAAAGUCAUACUGCCACACUUGUUGGUGAAGAUAAGGUAGUGAUUUUCGGAGGUAGUGGUGAAGGUGAAGCAGUUUACUUGAAUGAUUUACAUGUUCUGGACCUUAGGACUAUGAGAUGGACUUCUCCUACUGUGCGAGGUCAUAUCCCUGUCCCUAGAGACAGUCACAGUGCUGUCGCAAUCGGGAACAAGCUCGUCGUGUAUGGAGGGGAUUGUGGUGAUCGAUAUCAUGGAGAUGUCGAUGUGUUUGACAUGGACAAUUCUACUUGGUCAAGGUUGGCUGUUCAAGGCUCUUUACCAGGUGUUAGAGCAGGUCAUGCUGCUGUGAGUAUUGGAACAAAGGUUUUCAUUAUUGGAGGGGUUGGAGAUAAACACUACUACAAUGAUGUUUGGGUCCUAGACGUGAGUGCUCGUUGUUGGGCGCAACUAGAUAUAUGCGGCCAGCAGCCUCAAGGGAGGUUUUCUCACACUGCUGUCUUCACAGAGUCAGACAUUGCUAUCUAUGGAGGGUGUGGGGAGGAUGAACAUCCCAUCAAAGAGUUGCUGGUUUUGCAACUUGGAACACAGCAUCCUAAUGGUCGUUAUAACAUGUGUACAAUUUUUGGAAGCCAUUGGAACCAAGAAAAGAGAAAAUUCCUCAGAGUAGCACAAAACAACUUGAGAACAAUGUAUUUGGGGGACAAUGAAGUAUCAAAACAGGAAGCUCAUGAAGCAGAACAAGAAGCAAAGCGCUCUUUUCAGUCCAGUUCAGAUCCAUCAAAUUCAAAGAGGAAAAGAAGUGCCAAUCCAAAGACAAGUGAGGUUGAAUCGGAACAAGAAGAACAUUCCCUUUCUCUCUCGCAGCAUUCAUCGCCCUCACAAUCUGAUCAAGAACAAGCCCCACCACAAAAGCCUACAAAUUCCACAGCGUCUCAUGGACUUAACCUGUUUAAGCCGUUGCAUCAUAUACCAAGCAAUUGUCAGCUUAACAGUGUUCCAAAUAACCAUAAGGAAACCAGGUCUAUGGUCCACAACACUAGGCAAGAGCUGCAGUUUAUAACAGAACACCAAAACCUUCAGAAGCCAGAACAAAAUCAACAUUUUGUUCAAACUGGCAGAACAGGAUCGCAGUACUCAGCUGCGGAACAUAAACGCAUGGAGGCAGGGCCCAUUCAGAACCUGCUUGGUGCUGAAGUUCGUGGCAAAGUCGACGGAGCCUUCGACUCGGGUUUCCUGAUGACAGCUACUGUUAAUGGGAAGAUAUUGAGAGGGGUCUUAUUUUCACCUGGACAGGGCUUGAUCUCGAGAGAGCCAAUGCUUGCUAAAACACCUGCAUCAACAAGCCAUAUUGCUGCUACUCAGCCAUUUCUAAACUCAAGCAAUUCAGAGCCGGUGAAGGCUUCCCAGUCCCACCCACCAACAAUGCGUAUACAGCCAGAACCGAGUCACAGUCCUCGGAAAGCUUUAGUAAAUGGACUGGAUUCGGCAACUAAAGCUUCUUCUCCAUCGAAGCUAAGACGUGAUCUUGGAGAUGUGGUUCUAACACUAGGAGGACCUGGAAGUGGCCAUGCCUGACAUUUUUAUGCAAAAUAGUUAAAAACCAGCUUGUGGUUGCGGGCAUAAAAUAAAAUGAUAGCCGUUUGCUUUAUCAUGUAAAUGGUGAUCCCUCCUAAAAGAUGCCUGCAAUUUAGGCUUUUGUGCUUGAGCAUCAGUUUUUAUCACCUUUUUUGCAUGUAGGCUUGGCAAUAUUAGAGUGUUUUGUUUUGUUUUCUCCUUAUCA